CAUGUGCAAUCUCUAUUGAUAUUGAUAAUCACUGAUUAAUACAUCAAGACUUUACCACAUCGAUCAUUGUUUCCAUUCGUGUGAUCAUGAACUUUGAAGUGCAAGCUGAGAGGGUGGCAAGCAUGGAUUCGCCUGUUCAAACAGCUCCUUCGGAUCAACAUCUUUGCUACGUUCGUUGCAACUUUUGCAAUACCCUUCUUGCGGUAGGAAUACCAUGCAAGAGACUUCUGGAUACAGUCACAGUGAAAUGUGGGCAUUGUAGUAAUUUGUCAUUUCUCACCAUUAGACCUUCUCCUCCAGAUCAUCUUCUUCAACCUCCUCCCCUUCCUCCUUUUCAGUCUGCUUUCUCUGGUGAUCUCAAAAGGGGCCAAUCUUCAUCUUCUUCGUCAUCUACAUCAAACGAGCCCACAUCCCCAAAAGCUCCAUUUGUCGUAAAACCACCUGAGAAGAAACACAGGCUCCCAUCUGCUUACAAUCGAUUCAUGAAAGAGGAAAUACAACGCAUCAAAGCUUCAAAUCCUCAAAUACCUCAUCGAGAAGCUUUCAGCACCGCAGCAAAAAACUGGGCUGGGCAUAUACCGAAUGGAUCCAUCUCUGGAAGCAUCAACACCGGUUUUGAUCUUUCAGGAUUGAAGUAGCAAGGUAGACUCGAAGCUAUAUGAUAUGACGCUUAAGCAAUUGAGGGACUGAUGUGACCUUAUGUAAUAUUUUGAAAAUCCGAAAUCGAUGGUUAAUUUAUGUGAGAUAGAUGUAAUUUAAUUUUCGUAUCAAUUUAAGACAUGCAUGUUUAUGUACUAUUUCGAACUUUAGAAUCAAUAUCAUAAUAUCUUUUCUAAUUUAUAUU